AUGGUGGCCACGUUUGACAAACAGUCUCACAUCAAGUACGCUGCUAUGGAAACAAGUACGACCCUGUUGCACGUCGUUGUACAGUUUUAUCCUUUCGACAUGUCCGGUACGAUACUUCGACGGUACGACGAUGAUUGCGAAGAUUGUGGCAAUAGCGUUCAUCUGAAUAUUAUCGAUUCUCGCCUAAUAUUAACAGUAAUUUUGGACGGGUGCAAUGUUACAUUACAAAAUCCGUCCACAAUAAACUUUGGAUGGAAUGAAGUUUCCUUUUCGAUCACCGAGAAUAAAGUAACGCUACAAUUAAAUAACCAUCAAACUUCAAAAUUCGUAAAAUGUUUUGUAUCGACUUUGACUCUGAAUCUAGACCAAGUGACAAACAUCGGAGAAGGUUUCGAAGGUUACAUAAAAAAGUUUGAUGUGAACUUUAUACACUACGCAUUAACCAUAAAUGAUAAAUUUUCAGAUACCAUGUAUUUACCAUACGCGACUUUCAACACAGUCUUCGAACUAUCGGAAGAACAAUUGUAUUCAGAUUUAUUCGACACAAUUAAAAUCCCCUUCCCGCAAUCAUGUAGCAAUUGGAAGUUGGAAUUGUAUGCGAGGUUUGAGAUUUUAGCCCGCGGAAAUUUUAUUUCAAUCCGAAGCGCUACGACGGAUUAUGUCAUGUCGGUAGAAAUUAAUAACGAUAUACUCAAACUUAAGAUAAAACUAGAUGAAUACUUAAAUGAAGUAUCAAUAAAGUUCGAGGCCAUUGAUUCAUCUUGGAUUCACUUAGAAAUCGAACAACACAAUAAUAGCUGGUGUAUGAGCGUAAAUGAUGACAAGCGGACACUGAUAAUGCCCACUGACGUGUUUGAUGAGCUGUGCGAUACGCAUCUGUACAUUGAUAUGCCGUACAAUGAAGUAACAAUGACUAGCGAAAACGAUGUUAUUGAAUUAAAUUGUAUUUUCAUCAGCGAACUUAUGUAUGAAGAUUUAGACAUUGUAUGGGUAAAAUCUAAUCAACUGGAUUUACAUAGAGUUGACUGUAACAUGUAA